CUGGGAAGUUUGAGUGGCUAAGGUUACCGCGCGAUCCACGCUGAGACAAGGAAGCUGGAGAAGCCGAAUAAAUAGGCCUCCCAAGGGAUCCGGGCCCCAGGGACUCACAACUCUUCUUCCAUUUUCCCCAAUGGCGCGGGUCUUUGCGAAACCCGACCACUCUGGGAUUCCCUCCACGAUGCAGAAGUUCCAGAUUCUGGAUUAUGAUCCAUGGCAGAGGUCCAAGCAGAGGACCAAGUCAUCUACUCUGCCUCCAGUCGUACAAACCAGCGGCCAGAAGAAGAGCAAAAUGAAGACUUUGACUAGCGUCCAGCCAGGGCUGUAUUCCAAGCCCACCAUGUUGAUGACGAGCCAGCCGAGGAAUCCACAAGACCUGCGCAGAGGGAAGCUGGACUCGGGGAAGACACAGGCCAGCAUCCGGCUGAUGAAGAUGAUGCUCAGGAACCGGCGCACUUCGCUCCAGGAGCUCCGCAGCCACGAGAACUUCCUCACCAGGCUCAAUGGGGAGCUGGGCAGAAACAUCCAGGACAUGGAGGACAGCGCGGCCCAGAAAGUGCGCGCGAUGCUGCAGCAGCAGGACAUCUUCGCGACCGUCAUGGACAUCUUGGAGUACUCCAACAAGAAGAAGCUGCAGCAGAUGAAGUGUGAACUUCAGGAGUGGCAGGAGAAGGAGGAAGCCAAGAUGAGGCACCUGGAGCGGCAGGUGGAGCAGCUGAAUGCCAGGAUCCGUAAGACCAAGGAGGAAGUGAGCUUCCUGAGCACUUACAUGGACCAUGAGUAUCCUGUCAGGUCUGUCCAGAUUGCCAGCCUGGCGCGCCAGCUGCAGCAGGUGAAGGACAGCCAGCAGGAUGAGUUGGAUGACCUUAAUGAGAUGCGUAGAAAGGUCCUGGAGUCUUUGUCCAACAAGAUUCAGAAGAAGAAAAGAAAACUUCUGAGAUCUCUGGUGGUGAAAACCCAGUCUCCCUAUGAGGAGGCACUCCUGCAGAAGACUCGGGACAGCCAGGACAUCCUGAAAUGCACGGGCCGGUUCAGAGAAUUUAUCAAGCACUUUGAGGAGGAAAUACCCAUAUUAAGGGCUGAGGUGCAGCAGCUCCAAGUCCAGCUCCAGGAACCCCGAGACAUCAUAUUUGCGGACGUUCUGCUUCGGAGACCCAAGUGCACCCCAGACAUGGACGUCAUCCUCAACAUCCCUGUGGAAGAGCUGCUACCCUUCUAGACGGUGGGGUCUUGGGCUGCCCCUCCUUCCCUGCUCUCCCCCCCACACCUGGAGCCUUGAGUCGUCUCCUUCCGAGACCACGUCCCCAUUCCAACCCUGGUCUGCAGUUCCUUCCUCCCUCCCUCCUUCCUUCUCCCCUCCUCCUUCCUCCUCCCCUCCCUACCUCCCUUCCUCCAUCCCUUCUUCUGGUUGGUGUUGCUACUUGGGCCAGGUGGGAACUCCCAGAGGAAAGUCUGUGUGUUCCAUUUUACCAAUAAAGCUGGAUUUG